AACACUAGCAAAAGCAGCAACAACAUCAAGAACAACAACGACUGUCACAUCGAUACCAACAACAACAUCAACAAUAGCUACAGCAGGUGUACAUCAGCAAAAGAAGCAGCAGUUGCAGUUACAAAAGCUACAGCAGCAGCAAAAACAACAACAAAGAGACAAACCGCAACAUCAAUCUUCAGCAACAUCAGCGAUUUUCUAGUUAGAAACAGCAAAAGCAGCAGCAGCAACGAUAACUGCAUCCGCUCGUCAAUAUCACCGAGCUCGGCUGUGUUGGUCGAGCCCGUUGUAUCUGUCAUCAACGCUUUUUCCGCAGCUACUGCAAGCCCUGAAAGAAAGCUCGAGAGCGCGCGGCUUGGACGGACGUUUCGCUGGCUGGCGCGUAAGCAGCCAGCAGGACGACGCAGGAACACCAUUCUUCUUCGCAUCCACCGCACCACCACCAUCACAACCAGUCGGGGCGCCACAAGAUGUCAUUUCUGUUCCGCUUCCAUGACCUUAUCGGGGGCAUCCACGUGCCCAUUGACGAUGGAGUGGACAAACUCAACCGAAAAUAUACUCUUGUAAUGUUCCUGUUCUUGGCGUUGCCCAUAUUUACUAAGCAGUACAUUGGAGAUCCAAUAGAAUGUUUCACACCGACCUACUUCACAGACGCCCAAGCAAGAUUCGUCAACAGCUACUGCUGGACCGCGUCUACAUAUUACCUCGUAACGGAAUCAGACGAUGAGAAUCUCGAUCCUCCUAGAGAGCCGCCCGAUCCUCGGGUGCAACCAGAGGAGAUGGACUAUGCGGGCUUUGAGACUCCGCCCGCCGCGUCCGAGCGCCUAAGGCGCGUCUCUGUCAGCUACUAUCAAUGGGCACCGUUGAUACUGCUCGUUCAAGGAGCCUGUUUCCAUCUGCCUUUCGUCUUGUGGGGCGCCUGCGCCCAUAGCGCAGGCGUCAAACUACGACGCUUGCUGAAAAGAGCCUCAGAUAUCGCCAGCCUGCCACCAGGUUGUCAGCAGAGGGAGGCCCUUUUGGCAGAGUUCGUCGACCAGUUCCAUACCUUGGUCGCCGGCAAUGCAGGGUGCUGUACAGACCCGGCCUGCGGACUCCCCCUUGCGUGCCGCUGUAUAGGGGGGCCCGCCGGCUAUCUGUGUCUGUUAUACCUGCUUGUGAAAUCGAUGUACGUUCUAAAUGUAGGUUUCCAAUUUCUAUUGCUAACCGCAUUCCUAGGACGAGGCUUCCUACGUCACGGCUUCGAACUAGCACGACGUUUAGCGGCCGACGGGGAUUGGUGGAAUUCCCCCCGGUUCCCAUUGCAAACCCUCUGUCAGGUACGCGCCGCUCUACAAGGCGGGCUUCGAACUUACCUGUGUCGAUGCGUAUUGCCCAUUAACGUCUUCAAUGAGAAGAUCUUUUCUGUGGUGUGGUUCUAUCUGGCCCUUCUGUUACCCCUGAACGUCGCAUCGCUACUUCUCUGGCUCUGGAGAUGCUUCCGUUGCAACCGGUUCGCGUUCGUCCGAUUGUGUUUAUGGCGGACGCGGAUGGUAAGUCUAGGCGAACUGUCCAGAGUAAGCCGCAAAAUCGCGGUCAACUACCUCGGCUGGGACGGAGUGUUCGUGCUCCGUCUGAUAGAAAACAAUCACGGUAGCGCAAUGGCGACCGUGGUGCUGUCACGUCUCUACGAUUUCUAUGCCAACCAGAUGAAAGCUCGGGACGAUGGCAGCGACGUCGAGCUGGGGCCCAUGCCAAGUGUGGCCUCUCCUCGCGCAGCGCAGUCUCUCCAGCCGUGCCACCCAGGCGCGUGCCAUAUGGCUGCCGCGCCCUGCGCUCACCAGUUCGGUACCAGGCGGCCCAACGGCUAUUGGGGCAAGUGCUCGUGAUACACCAAUUUUACCAAGUUAACCACUCUUACCAAAUCACUACUACUACUACUACUACUACUACCACUACGUUUCAACUGUUAUCAAGCCCGAAACCAUUUCCACAGCUACUGAUGUUACUGUUUACGCUCUCGGAAGCGCAAUCGAACAGAAAACACGACCACACUUGGUACAUGAAUUAUACGACGCUCCUGAAAAUCAAACCCACUGGAACAGUGAAGCAAAGACGAGAACAAAAGAUAGAACAAUGGCAGACAACUUGACGAAGGUGGGAAAAAAACAUUGUACUACAGCUUCGAAAUUACGUACAAUUAUUUGUGUUGAAAAGCAAACAGCAUUUUUCUUCAGCUCGGACGUUAUUAGUAGACUUCGUCCUCCAUCUCUAUAUUUUGGAUGUGUCAUACCCUUUUUUUAAACCAGCAAUCAAAUCCGCUGCUUCGACUACACGAUCUUCAAGCAUCUCCAUUAUAAAACUAAACCUAUUACAUACUAUUGGCACAUAAUGCAAUUAGCUAUAUGAAAAUAACCUAGAAACAGCAUGAUAUAACAUGUAAAUCAUUUAGAAGAUCAUUUCAUAAGACAUCUUUUAUUAUUACUAUAUUAUUCGUGUAUCCGGUGUAAAAGCUCCGUUACGUCUUAGCAGCAGCAGCAGCAGCAGCAGCAGCCGCGUGACAGGUCGAUGCUCUCGCGGACUUUUUAUCGUCCACGUCUAAUUUCAAUACGCUUUCGAGUGCAGCAUAAAUCCGAUGGCAAUGUAUUUUAAAUAUAUCGGAAAUUUUUCCCCUAUUAUGUUGUUAUGGCAAACGGAUACCCUUACUACGCUAGCCCUCCCACCAGCUCCCAGCGCUCUUACCAACCGGCCAAGUCAGCCACCCCAUUACGGUGACAGUCUAAUCACAGACCUGUUUUAGAUCCGCUUGUCUUAAAGAAGUAUUUUAAAAAAGCAAUAAUGACUGAAUACCAACUGGUUUUAAGGUUACUGUCAUAAAAAUGAUUUAGCGACUUGUUUUCGGCGUACUUUACCCUUUGCUAACAACUUUCAUUCAGUGACUCGAGGGAGUGAAACUCAUGCGGCAACAUAAGGUAGAGGCUUUUUUUUUUACAAACAAAUCUCACUAAUCAGCCCUGGCAUUUGUUCCAGCGCAACCUGAACGCAACGUUCCAACUCCAACAGUAUGUUCCUCUAGCCUGAACCAUUGUCUGAAUUAUCCAAACCAGACUGCAGAUUGUUCGCCUCAAGGACAUUUGCUCUGGAUUUUCUUGGCAGCGCCUCUUUCGCGAAGCGCGGCGCUCAUCUGGCUUUCUUGGGCGACACGGCUGACAACGUAGACUAUGUAUAACUCUCUUCUAUCAAUCGAUUUACGCGUAAUAACAGAUAAACGAGCAAUCAAGCUACCUAAAUAAUUAAUGUCGGUCCUCCCUGAUUCGCCCACAGGCGUCUUUGAGUUAGGAUCCAAAGGAAUUUUAUACGACGACGUAAAAUCUUCAGUCCUAACCUAUACGUUGAGUAAUGGUUGAUACGUAAUUAGAGAAUACGUUGGCAUUGGACCGUAUUCAAGCGAGACCAUCUUCGCACAUUUUGCAAGAAAAAAACCGGUAUCACGAGGAUGGGAAAUACUUAUGACAAUCUUCAAUUUCACAGAAGCUCACUUAACGUCAUAGUUUUUUUUUUAGCAGCGUAUUGUACUUCAUUGGCUAGUUAGUUGGCCGUACAAGUCAUCGAUUAAUGUUGAAUCCGUCGCCGACUAACGCAACAAGAACUUCGACGCAAGCCGACUGUCUAUCUUAGGGACAUUUGAAGUCGUUAGGUUUUACAUUUAUUCGCUCUCCACACACGUACGGGCAGGCAGCUAACGGGACGUGUGGGCUGUACUGAACGUACACGCUGAAUAUUUGUACUAAUUAAAUGAUAGACUGAUAGUGAGCGGCUAAAAGUGUAUGUGAGGAGGUCGUUACGUGGAUACUCUCGAAGUGCGCUUGCCGGCCACUUCAGCGAUCUAAAGCCGUAGGUUACGAUGCCAUUUCGCACCUAUUUGUUCGCUCGCACUCUAUAUGCGGGCGGAGGUCGAGCUGCGUUGUUUGGUUCUGCCACAGGUAAACAAACAUAGGACUGGUUGAUUACUUGAUAGAUAGACAGACGAACAAGCGGACAGACGGCCCUUCGUUUUGUUCUGGGACGGAUGGAUGCGCGGUCGAUUCAGGCCCAGUCUCUUCGCUCCGGCCGACCCAUGUGUCUGGCCGCCGGCCUCUCGCGGAGGUUUUAACUGAACAAUCGAAUAAAUGUAUUACUUAAUGAUCGUAACUUAAAACGAUCAUUAUCUCCCAUUUCUCAAAGAUCAAAGGAAUAACAAUAUUAGCUCCAUUAUUUACUUAGCGUAAUCGGCGGUAACGUAAAAUGGGUUAAGGAGUUAGUGCCCGUUCCGCUUGGGGCUUGGGCAGGGCACAAAUUUGCAAAUGUUGACUGAAUGCAAGUGCUAGAGUAUGUGAGUUGCGCUAUCGCUCUCAACCACUGGGAAUUGGUCAACAGGUAUAUAUAAAUAUAUAUAUAUAUAUGUAUAUAUAUAUAAAGCACAACAAUUGAUAAUUUGAUUGAUUUUGAUUGACGACUGGGAUAGUCAUUUGAAAUAUAACGUUAGAAGUGUGAUCGAUCAAUGCAUUUCUCUUGGAAGAUUGAGAUUUCGUGCUAUACAACUCCUAACUCGAGUUUCGUAAUUUGUGGUGAUUUCUGAUGAGCUAACUCUUCACAGACUGAUGGAUGAUGAUUUAGUGUUCGAUUAAUGAUCAAUGGCUGCUCGAUUGACUGGUUAAUAGCUUAGGCUGAUUGAUGAUUAUUAACAACAAACUGAUCGACUGUCUGAUUGACUGAUUGAAAUCAAGUGUUCAAAAAACAUUUAAGGAAAAAGAGUGUACUGUGUUGUUUAUAAGUAUCGCGCGCUUUAUAAACAAAUCUGCGCGCUUAUCUCUGUUAGUCGCGGAGUGUUCUCAAGCGAAACAUUUUGUUAGUCCUGAUGAGCGUUUUUCUAUCAACUGCCAGUUAGCCAAGGUGUUACCACCAUAGCGUUUCCAUCCAGCAAAUGAUCCACAGGAGGAGAUGCUUAAUAAUAAUAAUAAAAGUAAUUUAAUCAAGUAUAGAAUGCUAUUGACCAUAUUGUAAUCAAUAGAUACAAACAAACAAACAAACAAUUAGUACUAAUCAUAUUAAAGAUGCUAUUAUUAUUGUUGUUCAUUUUGUUACUCAUAUCACACUUCUGUUGCCACAUAUGCUACUCUACCAAGUACAAUACUGAGAAAACGAAACCAAUCGUUCGCGGUGCCGCCCGGCAUCAUUCUGUUCCGAACUCGGGGAAGUUUGCCAACAAAAAUAACAGCACACCUAUUUAACACCUGAAUAACGCCAUAGUUCCAUGGAUAACGACAACACCUUCGAGGCGAUUAAGAACAGCAGAAUAUUUACAUGCACAAUCUACUCUUUGCAAAACUCGUUCAUUUCAACAAAACAUGCCCAUGAGAUCCUAUUCGUUGCGAAGGUAACAGCUAGAACAGGCCGAACCACCAACGCCACAGUUUAUUUUGCAAUUUACGGCCAUCGACGUGCGAAGCCCACCGACGAAAAUUCCACCGUGAAUGAAGUGGUGUCGGGACCUCUACGCACCGUUGAGUAUUGAGACGUUGUCAUUUAAACCGGGAUUGUCUUCUACAGGGACCUCCUUGACCAGCCGUUCGAUCGGCUAGUCAUGCCCUAAAGGACUUUCAUGCAACCGAAAAUCCUCCUGCUCAGCGGCAACAACAGCUCAGGGCUGGUGUCGUCGUCAGGCCGUAGUACCAAUGAUGACUAGCAGCGCCGGAAGCCGCAUCGGAGUGUCCUAACCUAAAAGGUUAACACGUUUGCUGCCUACUCGUCCAUUCAGCUGUCAGUUCUGCAGCAUCGGUUGUGGUAAAACUAGAGUGCUCAUUUUCUUAAAAUAACCAUUGAUCAAAAAACGAAUGAGAAUGAAAAUUCGCAAGGAUCGCCUCUUCCCUAGCGCCAAACGACUGUUAGGCCGUGAGCACACCAAAGCCAUCGACCAAUGCAGCUCCCUGCGUGUAAUUUGCCAUUCGCGCAGUGGCUCGGGUCGCCAUUUUUCUUCUAUUGCCAUUUUUGCUCAGUCUUUCCACCUUGUCCCAGGUGUUGCCGCAGCUACCACGACUAUAACUACUGCCACGAUUACUGCUACAAAGGUUGUAGCGGCCGGUGAGCCCGAGGCAAUCGUUAGUGACACACGGAUUGCUGCGCUGACGAUGCAGGCUGUUCAAGACAGGACGCACGGCAGCCACUGCGAAGUGGAUACGCAAACCGGGACCUCGGCUGAGAGUCAGCAACGCGAAUGGAAUGAGGUAGAAGAGAGAUGUAAGUUGCCAGAGAGUCAGGCAAGGAGGCCCUGUGAAUUGUCCCAAUGUGACCCAGCCGAGAUGUUACGAACUCCAGCUUGUCAGGCACUUCUACGAAGCUAUCUAUACAGCAAAGUCUUCGACAUCAUCAAAUGUCUAUGUGAAAUAUCACACGAACCCCCCUGUAGCCACGUAACGAUAUCUACGUUGUUUACUAACUAUCCAUACUGACUAAAACUGCUGACUAAUUUUUCAAGCUAUUUCUCUACAGUAUUGCGGCAAUUGCGAUACUUAAAAUGCGUACAAACGCUACGUCGUCUCCGAUAAUGUCUAUCGACAUUAUUAUAGUCUGUCGACGUCUAUAACCACCAAUUCGGAAAUUGCUACAAUCACGGCAUUACUCUGUAAUGCAGCGCUCAAUGCCUUAAUAUAUGCCUUUUAUGUAUGUACCGGCGACUCCGAAAGACAAACCUUCGAAACUGCACAACCGCUACUCCGGAUCUGCGCCUCAACACUUGUCUGACCUGAUCUUGUCUGAUAGAGAAGACAUGAACACGGUACUAGUUGUCGACACAGGGUCCCGGAUCGACAGGCGCACAAACAGCGCUGCCAGUGCUGCUCGCUAUUCUGCUGAUCGCGAUGGUUCGCGCAGCCGAGAAGUCUCGAAAUCUUGAAACACCUACGGAACAGAUCGAUAGAUGUUAUCUUUCGAUUUGAUUCAAUUCACUCAGUCUACUCUCUCAGCCUUAGAUUGUACAGCUUUGCCUGAGCCGUGCAAAGUGUUUCGUAUGCGAAGGGUCUUUAUAAUGAUCCACAAUGUCAAGCGUAGCCGUUCGGGCUCGUUCUGGACGGUUGCCAUGUCGUUUGCGAUCGACUGACUAACUACCUAUUCGAUCAACAAGCAGUUUUAGAGCGACAAUGCAGCUUUAUCUUUCUAUCUAGCAGUUAAAUUUUAAAUAGUUGCCUCUAAGGCGUGUUGCUUUUUAUAUAAACUCUCUAAUUAUCUCUAUAAGCACCGCGUAUAUCAAACGUGUUUAACUCUCUUUAAAGCAACCCUUUAUGGCCGCUGUAAUAACGUUUAACGUAGCUCUAUCUAUGGGUGUAUAUGAAGUGUACAUUCGAGUGAUGUCAAUUCUCUCACGCCAUGUCACCAGUCCGACGUCGUCUGAUUGCGUGUCAUGGUCAAGAUAACUAGGAUCUUUCCAACGUACGAUGCAUUGCUCGGUUCGAGUUGACGCGAUAACCCACGCCCAAUGCUAAAAUCAACAAAAAAGUAGAACUGACAAAAACAAAUACAAUAGUAAUAAUGGUGACGAAAAGUUUUAAUCAUACGAGCCAGACCUAUAAAUAGCUGUGCCUUGAUGUAAACAUCAGCUCGUAUAGGUACAAAUGGAGAAAGACGUGGGUUCGACGAGGCUUUCUGGCCACCUCUCGCCUUGUUGCAGUUGCAUUAUCGAAGCCAUGGAACAAAUCACGGCCUUCAAAGCAACCUGCAGCGUCAAGCAAAUGUUACGCUAAGCAUAACGUAUGACGAAAAAUCUUACUUCAGGCAACGCUAACCGAACUCCAGUACCAAGAUCAAUGCCAACAAAUAAUGUCGAGUUGACCCUUUCCGUUUUGUCAGCAAGCCCAGCGGUCGACCCGACAGCCAUCGACAGAACUUACAAGAGGUCUCCAACCUCGAUGAGAACAAAAGGGGAGACGCGGUAGAAGUGGGAAGCCGAUAAUCCUACUUCUACCAAACAGACAAUUUUCAUCUUCGCCCAUAACAACCAAUACUUCAGCGCGCAACAACACUAUCCCUGCCUGCCAGCAAGACAUCUGUGCCUCGACAAGAGCAUGAACAACUGAAACAAGAUUUACACUACUAAUGACCACCUACAAUUAUUUAUUACCACGUGUAGUAAUGCAACGAAAAAAACCUUGCCACGCCAGCACUGUUAGGAUGAGAGCGACUAUCCGUCAUAGUAAUGACUGACUGAAAACAACAACAACAACAACAACAACAACAACAAGAACAAUAGAAACAGAAACAAUACAGGAAUAUAAAACGAGACGAGAAAGAACGAGUCACGAUGACAAGAAAUGUACAUCGCGAAACACAAACGAACCAGUAUUGUUAUUACUAUAACAGUCACUAUUACUACAGUUAACUAUUAACCGAAACUAUUUAACAACGACUAUCAAUUUAACUAUGAAUACUGCUGAAAGUGCCACAGAUUCUACAAAUACGACCUUUCAUUAACUAACUAACUGACUGACUGAUUAAAUGUAAUCAUGACUGAUUGAUGACUCACAGAUUGAAUAACACAAACAAAUGACAUGACGUUAAUGUUCAAGCAUUCCUCACCAUUCCACUUUGUUCCUUCCUUGAGCACCAACUUCCGACCGUCAGAUCCCUUGUGUUGAGUACUUGACAAACACACGACACCUGAGUACUUGGAUGAAUGAGAAGAGGACAGAAGAGACGCCGAGCUCUCGGCUCGCCUACCGCUUCGUAGUGUGAGACGGGCCUGAAAUCGGCCGUUUCGCAGUUCAAGGUAAGGCGUUAGCCUGCGCCCACUUUGUUUCAGUUCUCUUUUCCCGGUUUCGUUUGCGUCUCUUUUGUUAGCUUCGUUUAACUUCUGCUUCCGCAAAACACACAUAGAUCCAGCGGAAUCGUAAUGCCUGCUCAGGAUGCAACUCACAUUAACGAGUUCUGCCAAUGGUCCUUGAUGUGGGUUCAGAUUGCGUUCGAAGUGAACAUAAAAAUAAUAAUAAUGCUGAGAGGAAAAAGAGAUUACAGGAAUGAAAGAUACGCUGCCCAAGAAGUUUCAUAGGAGUGACCAAGCGCCCUUGUGGCUGAUAUUUCUGCUCUUUCUGGUUCACACACUUCUCAAAAACAAUAUAAACAGGCCUGAACAGCAUCAGAUGACGAUAGCCUGUUUGUGGCGGCCCACCCUCGGGCCUAUCCAUGUACAUACAGUCUCUGUCUAGCCGUUUUGAUGUUGUACCGUCGUUGCGUACCGAUGACGCAGCCGGUGUGUCCGAGGCGUCGGAAACUUGGGGUGAAAGUUAGCCAGCACUAAGGCAUCGCUUACCUCUGCGAUAUCUGACCAUCCCUCUCUGCUGACCAAUAUUCAGACGAUGUCUCGAAGCGUAUUUUUGCGAUCUUUUGCUUCCGCUGGCCAAUCGCGGCUUCCUCGUUAUUGACGCCGACGAUUCCCCCGCUGACAAGGCCAAAGUGUCGAUAAGCCAACAGUUCUACAUUCGUGUGUAACUAACUAACCACUUAACUAUUAACUAAAUAACAUUUCAAUUGAUGUACGUAUCUUUAAUAAUCUGCUAGUAACUGUCAAUAUUUAAAGGAUUGAUGUCCUUGUCUUAGAACAUCGACCACUUCUAGCUACCUGUAAAAUUUUUUCCCUUCGAUAAUGAUAAUAAUAACAACACUGUGCAAUAAUAACCCAUGGUAGCUUUCCACCAAACUUUUGCGUAGGGACUUGCGUGCUGUAGGAAACAACGCCAAGCGUAUGCGUGUUUAGCGCUCGCUUGGCCCUCGGCAAUCUAUUCUCUAGUUGUGAGAGUCUCUUGGUUUUCGGUGUCUUUAUUCCUACCUUCUUGGUGUGUUUAUAUUUUUGUGUGUACAUGUCUAGAUCCACUCAGGUUGACGGGCAGUCUCAUCGUUCUGAAUUGGUACUGCUACAGGACAAAUAACUAUGAGAAUUCUAAUAAUCUGUUUUCUACAAAAUGCUUGUCCAAACAAUUGGCGGCCAUCCAUCUGGUCGGCCUCAAUGACCAACAGACUGCACGUCUACCUUUCCUUUAAUGCCCGUCCCGUGACUUGUCCCGUGUCUAUGUGUAUGUCUAUCUAUUCGUGUACCGUCGCUUUUAUACGUACAUAAGCUUACUACACUUAUUUGCAACGGGGCCGGCGGCAUGUGAAGCCCUCAAGCUCGCUUCACCUCGAAUUGAACUUCUGCAUAGCGCUACCGUGCAGUCGCACAAUCAUAACGUAGGACCCUGCCUCCCGGCCCCGCUAAUGCAAGUGGUGCGGGUGAAAGACCAUCCAAUGGUGGAAUGCGUUGAAUCUGAAUGAAACACGAACCGAAACGACCAUCUUCGGCAUAGCGGCACUCCAGGUUAUCGGUAGGCCGCUGAGUUGCCUGGCGCGCGCGAGUGGGGACCUGAGGCCUCGUAGGGCCCCCGCUGCCGCGCCCGGCUGGGCCUUACAUCCGUUCAGCUCGACAAGGCGACACAAAUAAGAUACAAACCAAAACAAAAGCUCAUUUUUCUAUUCUCUGAAACACUGAUACUAUGUCAACAAUAGGAACAACAACAAAAAACAUAGUUAACAGCAACAACAUAAAAAGACAAAGAUCGACAACAACCUUUGCAAUUAAAUCGUUCUGACUGUCCCAAGAUCUGCUAAGACAACUCCUAGAAAGGAGAACGAAAUAGAGGUUUAACGAUAAGAGAUAAAGUAUACAUAAAACAUAAAUAAGUAUUUAACUUACGACACCAACAAUGCCAAUGUGACAAUACCUUAAGCUUAAUAACAUGUGAACAUGCACAACGUAUACAGCAAGCACAAAUGCUAUAUACAAACUCUGCCAUCGCAGGAUAUGCCGAUAGCAAAAAGCUGCCGCACUUUUACCAAGCAGAACUCAAGAUCAUGCUAUUGCGAUCAUUGAAAUACUGAUAUUGGAAUAAAAAGUAAUAUAUAAACGUAAUACCAAUUGUGACAGGAAACGUUCUUAAUGUUAUCAACGCUCUAAAUGCUGUUUCUUGAAAUAACAAAUAUCUAAGUGCUGUUGAAACGCUGAAGACAGAACUUCAUGAGGAGUUCAUGAAAUCGAUGUGACUGAACUAACUCUCAUCAGGUCUCUAUGGGAGUGCUUGUAUGUACAGUCGAGUCAGGGUUCGCUGGCUAUCAUUAGAGUGACGGCCAGCGUACAGAAUGACCUUACCUUGAAUUAGGUGCUUAUACUCGUCACACAACACACGUCAACACAGGACAGGUACUUACAAACACAGAGAGGGUAAGAAAAGAUGAUGCAUGAAGAAAUCAGAAAAGUCUUAUUACUAUCAUUAUUAUUACUAUUAUUUAUAAUUCAUACAACAACAACUAUUAUUGCAUAAAGUAACAAAUACACACAUUAUGAACCCAAGGAUGACGAUGAAAUUACAUGGACACACGAAGAAAGCUGCCAAGUUUUUAGAGUGAACAUAUAUCACGAUUAUAUAUAUAUAUAUAUAUAUAUACACAUACAUACACAUAUACAUUGCAGUAAAUAACACUGUGAAGAACGUGAGUAUUAUUAAAGUGAAGAUUCUGAUGAUGAUUAUAAGAUGAAUAAUGACUGAAUGGAUGGCCAGGGUGAUCUCUAUUGAUCGUAGGCAACAGUCGGUUGCGACAUCUUGUCGAAUUCGUGAUGUUCAAAUCUCGAACGCCAAACUUUGAAGCAGGACAACCAAGGCCAUGAGAGAAAGCCGCGUUUAGUCGUCCCAUUCGUGAUGCCAAACUACAAGAGCAACUCAAGCGACGCCUCUGAACGGACAAAUUACGAAAAGGGGAAUAUAUUUAGAGUCUAACUCUUACAGUCCUUGAAUUCGUGUUUUAAUUUAGUAUAAUGACCAAAGUAGCUCCAGUCCAAAGAGUCCGUUCAGGCAAACGCUCAUUCAUACAACUUAUUAGAAUUUACCCGUGUUGUACACAGUUGUGUUAGCCCACACUUGAAAAAGUCACGAAUACGUGACGGGCGCUCGUCACGGAGACAGUGCUGCCGACAGAUCUGGAAAGAAUAGAAAACGCUGUGACGUGCGUCCCUGCUACUUGCCAGAACUGUUCGAAGCGGCAUAUCGAGUAAAAGAGGAUGAUAAAUGUAAGCAUCAGUGGCGUAUCCUAAACAUCGAAUACAUUUCGGCCAAUACAACGUAUUUCCGUCAGGAACCAUUUAGAAAGCUUGAAAAGGAAGAGGCCCGAAAGACAUCGUCGCUGAUAUCGUCAUCCUGCUACUUGGGCUAGGCCGUUGUCCGACAGAGUCUCGACGCACUCGAAGAGGGUCUCUACUAUGAUCAGUUGCAGUGGCCAACAAAGUUAUGCACCUAUCGAUAAUAACGUACGGUUCAAGCGAACGAAAUGAUCACUUUAAAUUCAUAAGACGCUACUGUUUUAAUCACCCGGGAGGUCGGUUUGUUUCGGACGUACGUAACACAGGACCCGGUCGGGCCGUGCGUGACAGUUGAUUAACUAGCGUGUCAAUGAAAUCGGAAAUGGCACCCGAUAAUCUCAGCUUGACGAUGACAAAACUAGUACAUUGCAGAGCGGGUAGGAAAACAGCGAGGUUAAAUGUGUAUGUAGUUGUCACCUACGUAUGAGGAAUGGAUAACAGUCCUCUAGCCAGAAAAACGUUCUACACUGAAGCGUAGUAGAUUAUUGUAUUAGAUCGUGACUUUGUGUCCAUGCUGCUAUGUUCGACAGCCUGUUAGCAACUGGUCAUGAAUUACGAAAUGAUCAAGCCAACGAGACGAUGGAUUUCUGAUAAUGAAAUGAUAAAUUUGUAUGAUCUUAGCAAAACUCGUUCGAAAAGCAACCGUAGGAUGAGAUUAUGAGGAAGUGGAAAAAAAAUAAAAAUGAGCGCAAAAUAUUGAACGAAAAAAUAACAGUUAACAGUAAAUAUCGAACGCGUUGAGUUCGCUUUGACAGGAAACACCUCUGACAAAAUCAUCGCCGCAAUAGGGGUACACGCGAGGGCAGAUACUAACGAUUAUCACAUAACAAUAUGAGUAAUGCGAACAUAAUACGACAGCGUGAUUAUGAGACGUAGCAAGUAAAGUAAUGAAUCAAAAUUACCUAAAAUCGAUUGUUUUUUUGACAAGAAUCUAUCCUAUUUUCGACUUGCAGCACGGUAUUUCACCAUUGAUACCUCGAAGCGGAGGCUUUCCUACUUCUGUUAUUAUUACUAUGUUUCUUACCGUUAUUAUUAUGGAUAGCAAAUGUAGUUGCUCGGUUCUUCUAAAUGGUCCGUCGUUCCAUCCAUCUAGUCUAGUCUAGUCACUCCCAUUAGUGCCCCUAGCAACCAUUCGGAAGACUGCCGAAUAAUAGCCAUGACAAUAAAAGGAUAAUAAUGAAGAAUGUGAUGGGGUUAUGUCGUCCAGAGGAAGGACGGCCUCCGCCAAUUUGUUCGAUCUUUCGACAAACAAACUUUGUUGCCCUCGGAAGUGAGCGAAUAAGAAGGCUAUUGCUUACACCUUCAGCAGCAGACCCAAUGCGACGGUCCUGCACGCAGUGCGAACGCAGCAUCAACAGGACAAACUGCAGGAUCUGAUAUAUUGAUAUGACUGUAACAAGAGGGAGAUGCAUGAAAUGAUAAAAAUAAUAAUAAUAUGUAGCGGUCGGCGGAAUGUGACAAGUAAGUGGCAUACGACCCAUCAGGGCAGAGGCUGAAAGGUUAUCUGUCUUUGUCGUAUUAAAUAAUAAUAAUAAUAAUAAUAAUAAUAUUAUUGAUAACGAUAAUAAUUAUGAAACAUUCAGAUAAAUAUUGAUAAAUAUGAUGAUGGUGGUGAGUAUGACAAUGGACAAUAGUGGACGGAGGAAGAGACGUCAAAGAGGUGAUUAAUGAUUGUACUGAAGAUGAUGACGCUAAUGAAACGUAACAGCAACAAUACUACACGAGAGUUAUAACAAAAAUAAAACUUAAAUGAUAAUAAUAUGAUCAUCUCCUGCUGCCGUGAAGAUAGGUCCGGUCGAGCCUCCCUGCGUUGGGGGCGCUGGCCGAAACUGUGUACAAAAAGCGCCGUCAUACACUUUGACUUUGCCAAGUGCAUUGCUAGUCUAUGAAGAUGAUGGAUGGAUGGAUGAAUUAUGAUGACAAAAUUGGCGAAAAUGCUACGGCGGAUAGCGUCAGAGCCAAUAAAACCAGCCAUCAAGUGGUCACUCAAGUAGCGCCAUGAAUGCAAAAGGCCAUUCAGAGCAAAUGACUAUCGUCUUGUCACAUCAUCAAUAAUAGCGGUGGUGAUGGGUGAUGAUUAUUAUUAACUAGCGGGGCGUGAAAAGGAGAUUUUUUUCGAAGAAAGAGCAAGCGCUGUCCGUUUGACUUCAGCAGCUGACCCAAGUUAGCUGCCUUUCUCUACCUUCCGCUCCCUUUCGCCCCAACAAACGAAUGGCCCGUAUCACGAUGAUGACGAUGGUAUAGUAUGAUUAAUAUGACAAUUAUUAGUAUAAUGCUAACAAUGCUGAUUCAUGAUUGAUACAGAUGAAGUUAUGAUGAUAAUAAUUAUUCUUACUAUUAUUAUUACCGCGAUGACAGUAACGGGCACAGUGCCAGACGUCCGUUAUUGUCGGCAGGUAAAUCCUCUACUGCAUUAGCUAAGGGAUCUGACGACAGCAAGGGCCUUUGACACACGCUAAG